AUGUCAAGAACGGACAAGAGGAAGCUGUUGGUUAUAGGAAAAAGCACUGAACCUCGCUUCUUUAGGAUAGACAGUUUACUAGUUGUGUAUCGUGCGAACAGAAAUGCGUGGACGACCUAUGAACUUUUUAAAAUUUGGCUGAAGCAUUGGAACAGAGAGCUACAACGCCAGUCGAGAAACGUGCAGUUUCUUCUUGACAAUUGUACAGCACAUCCUCAUUUAGAUUGCUUGAAGAACAUCCAACUGGAAUUUCUACCUCAAAGAACGAUAGCUUUGGUCCAGCCAAUGGACAUGGGCAUCAUCAAAAAUUUGAAAACCCUUUAUCGUGUAAGAUUGGUUAAUUACAUUUUUGAAGCAAUUGAAGAAAGAUGGCUGACCUCAUUGUCAAAAGCCAGCGAAGCCAGUGCAAAGGUCAACAUCUUACAAGCAGUUACAUUUGUAGCCGACAGCUGGCAAAAAGUGAGCAGUGAGGCAAAAGACUGUUUUUCUCACUGUGGCUUUAAGCACUUGGUUUUAAAGAUGAAUCGACAACGAUAUACAAUGCUACGAUGA